AUGGCGCCUUCCAGAUGUGCUCACGAGAUAUCUCAAAACAAAAAGUUGGAGCGGAUUCAGACGCUCAUCAACUUCGUCAAGACCGCAAACAAACAACAAGUACGUCUGCUUUCACUGAGUAUUACUUCCUAACACUAUGGGUUACUGUAAUGUUGCACAAGCUUGUUUUGUGCCUGAACUUUUUAAAAUUUAUGCAAAUUUUAGUUUUAUAAACUAAAAAGUUUUACUUCAAAGUAGAUACUAUCAUAUAUUGUAGUAAGUAUUAAAGUAUUUUCAGAAUACUGCCAAGCUAACAGAAGUGUGGGCGACGCCACAGUGUUCUAUAACAGAUGUUCGUAUCUUGUUUGUGGUAGGGGCAGAUCCAGCGCCAUUAUAUGAGAACUCGACUGGAGAGAAGGUACUUUCCGACCGGGUAGAGAAUGGUUCUAUUUGUACACUUUGUGCUCAGAAGUACAAAGAGUUCCUUCAGUUUGCCAGACAGAUAUACCAGGCUCAGUUUGGUACGGUAAGUUCGUUUUAACUGAAGUAAUUCUUGAUUUAUAGAGUAAGUAUUGAGUCGAGUCAUUAUAAUAGACGUAUAACAUCUCUUGUAGCUUCUGUCAAUUCGUUUCUUACCAUCCCCAUUUAGACCCCGCUCAAGAUCAAGAAGCCCACCAAACCGAUAGGCCAAGAACAUGGCCUAGUUACAGUAGCCUUGGACGGAGGGGGGAUGAGAGGUCUAGUCUCCAUCGUGUGUAUGUUGUUCGCCUCCAGAAGGCUGCUGGGUGACGACUCCUUCCCCAAACUCGUAGAUUGGUGGGUAGGGUGUUCCACUGGCUCUAUGCUGGCCCUAGCCUUGGCUAAAGGCAACUCUCUGAUCGAUACCUUCUUCUUGUACUGGGAGAUGAAGAACGAGAUCUUCCUGGACAAGUCUACCAUGAAACGAUUGUUUGGCAACGUGAUAGAUAAACAGGUAAAUCGAUGAAUUUAAGGCUUAUAGGUAGAGUAAUUAAAAAGUUAUAUAUUGAUUACCAUAAUAUUAUGAUAUUGCUUUAGUCAGUACGAGUAUCCAACGUUCUGAACCGGGUGUUUGACAACGACAACGAUACAUUCCUAAACUCUCCGUUACGGCUUACAGUACCUUCACUAGACAUAACCACCACUCCAGGGAAGCUCCACAUCUUCAGAAACUACCCCACCAAAGGCAGCACAACAGAAGAUGUUCACUUCAGAGACGCGGCACGAGCUAGCAGGUAAGUAUUUGCAUAUUAUAAUCUCCUUUUUACUAAUAUAGAUGUAUAGAAACUAUACUUCAUUACCAUCUUUCGUAGUAUACUGGUCAAAAAGUAAAUAGAACUACUUUUUACUUCAAAAUAAGAUCUUUUCUUGUUUUUCCACAGACUUUUUGACCGUAUAACCUUAAUAUUUAGAAAAACUUUGUUCAAUCUGAAUGUACUUACAUAAGUGACAUUUCAGUGCUGCUCCAACCUACUUCCAUCCACAUACGAUGGGAGAUUGCAAGCUGGUCGACGGCUCUUUGGUCGCCAAUUGCCCUCUGGGGAUUCUCUUUGGGGUAAGUGCAAGUGUACACGUUCAAUACGUAGACAUGUUUAAUGUGUUAAAAAGAGCAAUAUGAUUAUCUUAUUACUCUCCAAUAUACGUUCGAAUUUAAUAUGAAGCAGGUUCUGGAAGAUAAAGUGAUAAGAAUACAUAAAUACAGUAUACCUUUUGUAAAAAACUAUCAGAUACACAUGCUAUAAGGUGAUGUUAUAGGAGUACGACAAGUGUCUGCAAACGGGUGACAAACUCAAACUGGGCUGUGUGAUCUCAAUUGGCACGGGCGAGCCGGCUGAAACCAAACGACGCUACAAGAGUGGCUCCUCCAUCUCUCACCGUAGCCGCCACCUUCGUGACAUGGCGGUGCUACUGAUCGAACAAGUGGUCGGCUACGAGAAGUCUGUGGUCGACUGUGCCAAAGACAGGUGUUUGGCAGCCGGGAUACCGUUCUACCGCGUCUGUCCAGUAGGCAUCGACGUCAAGAUAGAUCAAGUCAACGAUGGGGUCUUGAUGGAUAUGAUAUGGGAGACGCUGUUGUACCUACUACAGAACAGUGACCAGAUCGACCAGAUGGGGGCCAGUCUAGCCAAACUGUGUAAUACUCCAACAUCUACAGUACGAAGACCAAGGAGAGGACACUCUGUGGAGCCACCCAUGAAGUUGUGCUAG